AAUUCCAGUUGAGCUCUUCAGCAGUUCUCUGUUAACAAUCAUGAAGGUUUUUGUAGCAAUUCUCUCAGUCUUGGCUGUGGCCAACGCGGACCUUAUCCGACCUAACUUUGGUCGCCAAGGUCGCACCCAGGUGGGUCGCCAAGGACGUCAAGGAAGCAACAGCCAAGGGGGCGGAGUUGACUUCAGUGGAUGUCAAACCGAUCCGGAGACUGGUUUCUGUUGCGUUGAGAAGGACGAAACCGUCACUUCGAUCCAAAAGGAUCCCAUCCUUGAAUGUACUCACAAGAAUGUGGAAAAGUGUCAUUACACAUACGUGACGCAAUUUGAGCCCGCCCAAGAGGAGGUCUGCGAAGAGAACUUCGAAAAGACUUGCCAAAUUACCUUCAAACAGCAAGCCGCUAAUGAGACCGUCCGGAAAUGCUAUCGUCCCUUGGAGAAGGUAUGUAAUGGUCAAGGACCCGAGGAAUGCCGCACCGUCUACGAGUCUUCCUGUACCACCAAGUACGUCGAGAAGCAACCCGGCAAGUUCGUCGGAGACACGAGUUGUGAGAAGCUUCCCAUUGAGAUUUGCGGUGCUGGUUGUGUGACUGAAGAAGGGCCCGAAGAGUGCCACGAUAAAGUCAUCACUUCGCUAUUGGAUGUGCCCGAGGAGGUGUGUGACUUAAACCCCCAAAAGACCUGCCGCUUCCAAACCAAGUUGGUUCCUAGACUGAAGCCUGAGCACGAAUGUACCAUCAUCCCUCGUGAAACUUGCAACUUGAAGUUUUCGUCUCCUCAACAAGUUGAGAAGCCUUUGAGGACCAAAUGGUGCUUGGACCCUAGCGAACCCACUCCCGACCAGACCUAUGAUGAGUCCAAUGCUGGUGCAGCUCCUUUGGGCUUUGCCGCUUCUGCUCCUCAAGCUACGUAUGCUCAACCAUCUCCGCAACCCGAACUCGACACCUACGGUGGAUUCUAAGAAAUACUCCGAUGAAUCCCCCCUUGUUGAGCAAAGCAAACAAACGAGGAUCACAAGAUUUAACAGCUAUUGAUUUUGAUGACGAGACCUCUGAUCAAUUUAACUUAUUCAAACUAUUUAUUUAUUGCUCCAUUGUAUGUUGCUUAUUUAUGUAAAAGCAAAUAAACGUAAGAAACUUCA